CAGCUAUCCAUAAAGUAAACUAUUCCCUCUUAUCUCUCCCUCCACACCUUAUAUAUAGAGAGAGACACCCACUAGAUCUCAUGCACCAUUCAGCAACUCAGAUCCUCUAAGAUUAUAAGAUUGCAGAGCAAAGAAUACUAUCUACUAGCUAGUUAGCUUACUCAACAGCCAAACAUGACGAUUACAGAGAUGAGAGUACACAUGGACUGUGCAGGAUGCGAAAGCAAGAUCAGGAAGGCAUUAAAGAAACUAGAAGGAGUGGAUGAGGUGGAUGUGGACAUGGGAAUGCAGAAGGUGACUGUCACAGGAUGGGCAGACCAGAAGAAGGUGCUGAAGACAGUGAGGAAGACAGGAAGGAGGGCAGAGCUGUGGCUCUUUCCCUACAACCCGGAGUACCAGGGCUACACCCAACACAACUACUAUCAACAGCAUAAUCAACAUCAGGGCAGCUACCCGGUUACCUACUAUGCCCCUCAGCCUGCUUCAUCAUACAACUAUUACAAGCAUGGCUAUGAUGGCCCUUCUCAUGGUUACUACCACCGUCCUUCUCACUCUACCAUCUUGGAUGAACGCGCCGGUGCUAUGUUCAGUGAUGAAAACCCUAAUGCUUGCUCUAUCAUGUGAUCUACCUCAUAACAAGGCUAGGUCACCUUUAAUUACAUUAUGCCAUAUAAGUGGGCCAAAUUUUUCAGGCUCCUUUUUUCUUUCGGUUUGGGAAUAUUUGCUAAUUUUUUGGGGCUUCUUUUUGUUGAUAGUUACAAUCAUUUUUGUGUGAUUUGAGCUUCGCACAGUAGUGAAGUAUGUAAGAUAUAUGAUCCUUAUAUCGAACAAUAUAUUGAUAUUUUGGGUU